AUGAAUGAGUCCUUCGCUUUUUGGUUUCCGUCAGUCUGGACGCUGAUCGGUGCCAUUUUCACUAUUAUCUCUUUUUUCCUCUCUCUUUGUCUCGCGCUUGGCAAACGCGAUAUACGGGACGAUGUCUUAGCACUGAGGACGGCAGCAACCGCGCGUGGGCAGUUGCUUGCCCAGGUGCUAGACACACUUCGUGAAUUGAGGAUCGACUUGCAGGCGCUGGCCAGUACAGUUCGGGAGAUUCACGAAGAUGCUGUCAGAUUGAAGACAGGACAACAGAAGCCAGCAAAUCCUGUUGUUCUCGAGAUCUUGACUGACCCCUGGAAUUCGACCACAGGUCACCCGAAGAUCCAGAGAAGGUUUGGGCCUUUCUCCUUUCAAGGUUACUUGAGAGCUCAAGCCGAAGCCCUGGCAAGAGAACGGAUGAAGGCCGCGCCCGAUCCACUCCACGACGUGGAUUGA